AUGGCUUGUAGCAUUCUCCUUCCUUUCAUAAUGGCCUCCAUCGCCACCACAAGCACGACCGCCGCCUCUGUGGGGCAGCCUCACCCUGGGAAAGUCGUCCCCCGCAACCGCACGAUGACACGCGGUGCGCUGUGCAUGAUCCGGCCGCAUAAGAGACCUGCGUGUGACAAGACUUGUGCCAUCGUUUUAGGUUGCGUGCUCAGUGGCUUUGCUCUGAUCGCUUUCAUCUUGCUGUGGCGCUGCCUCGCUGCGAAACGCCAGCGUGAGAAGCGGCUCAGGAUGGAGAAUGACGCCUGCUGCAAGGGGUACCUCUACGCAAGCCACGAGGAAGUGAGCACGAAUGCGAACAGUGCGGAGGUGCCAGUGUCGACAAUGAUUGAAAAGGAUAUAUUGCCGAACCCAUUCUCCGCCAACACGCGCUCGUCUGCCUCUCCGCUGGAUUCCUGGAACCCCAAUUCGCACAUAAACAACCCACUCGAUGGCGUGUCUGCGGCUGACUCCUCAGGUAGGGGGAGUGUAGUCGAGCAGGUGCUCUCCUCCUGCAUCCCGAUCCCCGAGGACCAGGUCGUGGCAUUCCCGCAGGAGCAACCCACCUGUCUGGCUCCGCAGGUCGAGGCUCCGCAGGUCGAGGCACCGCAGCUGAAUGACGUAGCGCAGGAGGAGGAGGACCUGCAGGCUAUAAAGUCAAACCGCCGGCCGCGCAUGCGGCGCCGUAAUCACCUCCGCAGCGUGAGUGCCGCCGCCUGCCCGGAGGACAACGUAAUCGAUAUUCUGGACAACCUGGUAUAA